GGGGCAAGGUGAGAGGUGGCUUUUCCAUUUCAUCGAUGGAACUGUGGUGGAUGGGAAACAUCAAAGUAGCAGUAGCUUAGUGACCGCAGGUGCCGAUAGAAAGUCUGGAAAACGUAAGCCAAGGCGAUCCCUGUCCUAACCCCUGAAGAUCAUCUGUCCUAGUAUAGUCAAGGAAAUGCCACAAAUUCAAGAACGUGCGUUGACACACAUGGGCGGCCACUGCAGACUGCAGUCAAUGGGUUCGAGUAUGGACUUUAUAAUCUUUGAGAUAGCACAACGUAUAGCCCGCCCCUGCGGAUUCAUAGAGUUCAAAUGGGACAUUCCUGCACUGCAAUUAUCAUGGAUGCAGGCAAGUUCCUUCUCUAUUCUCUCCUUCUAUUUCUACAGGCCCAACUUUGUAGUCCGGAUGAUAGCAUAGCCAUGAACCAGACCAUCAGAGAUGGAGAAUUUCUCGUUUCUAAAGGUGCUAACUUUGCUUUGGGGUUUUUCAGUCCCGGCAGAUCUAGUUACAGAUAUGUUGGGAUAUGGCAUCAUAGAGUGCGAGAAAGAACUGUGGUAUGGGUAGCCAAUAGGAAUGAGCCACUCAAGGACUCAUCGGGAGAGUUGUCACUUAAUCAAUUUGGCGACCUGGUCAUAUUUGGCCAUUCUUACCAGAACAUUCCAGCAUGGUCGACGAAUGUUUCUGCUGAGGUAAUGGAUUUUCGCUUUGCUAAGCUCUUGGAUUCUGGAAACUUGGUUCUGAUUCAAGGUCAAUCUAAUAGAGUUGUGUGGCAAAGUUUUGAUCAUCCCACCAAUACCCUUCUCAGUGGAAUGAAACUUGGAAUGAACCGUGAUAAGGGUCUCAACUGGUUCCUGUCAUCAUGGGCAUCAGCAGAUAAUCCUGGUACAGGUGAUUACUCGCUUCAGCUCAACCCAAAUGGCUCACCUCAGUUCUUUUUGUACAAGGGUAAAACCCACUACCUUCGUACUUCUCCAUGGCCUUGGAAAAAAUACCCUGAUGUAUACAAUUACACCUUUGCUAGAAUGGAAGAUGAGAUAUACUUUCAUUUCUCCAUUGACGAUCCCUCCGUUAUGGUCAGAUUUGUGUUGGAUGACUCUGGAAUGUUCAAACGAUUCUCUUGGCAUGUAAGUGAGGGCAGAUGGAAAGAGUUCUGGUCAGUGCCAAAGCACAGGUGUGACUUCUAUGGACAAUGUGGUGCCUAUGGUGUAUGCGACCCUCUCAACGUUAAUGCGUUUGAAUGCCACUGUUUGCCAGCGUAUGAGCCCAAGUCUCCUAGGGACUGGUCUUUGAGGGAUGGAUCAGCUAUUUGGGUUCACACAAGUUCAAGCAAGGUGGACUGUGAACGGAAGUGCCUGAAGAAUUGUUCUUGCACCGCAUAUGCUAGCAUAAAGAACGGUGGGGAAGCAAGUAGCUGCCUGCAUUGGAAUGGGGAAUUAGUGGACACAACAAACCGUGAAAGUUUUGAUGGCCAUGAUCUCUAUGUCCGUGUUGAUGCAUUUGAAUUAGCUGAGAAUUUGAUGAGAUCUCGCAGCUUCUUUAGGAGGAAACGGAUGCAGCUGAUGCUAGUAACUUCUGUUUCUUUCACAUGGUCUGUCAUUCUUGUAGUGCUCCUAUGGCUCAGAAAGCGAAAAAGAAAAGGUAGGGGGCAAGGGCUCAACAUAUUAUUUGACAGUGAAGGGAGCAGGUACAGUGAUAAUGGGGCGAACAUGUAUGUUGGAAGCAGUGAUCUCACUAUUUUCAGCCUCACUGCUAUAAGUGCAGCCACUGCUGACUUCUCUCCAGCUAAAACACUUGGACAAGGUGGUUUUGGCUCAGUUUUUAAGGGUCAGCUACCUCAUGGACAGCAGAUUGCUGUCAAAAGACUUUGCAAAAAUUCAGGUCAAGGGAUUGAAGAAUUCAAAAACGAGGUCAGAAUUAUAGCAAAGCUCCAGCACAGGAAUCUAGUGAAACUACUUGGCUGCUGCACAGAACGAGAUGAACAAAUACUAGUAUAUGAGUAUAUGCCUAACAAAAGUUUAGAUUCUUUUCUCUUUGAUGAAAGGACAAAACAGUCUCUGGAUUGGAGAAAACGAGUGGAAAUAGUUUUGGGGGUUGCCCGUGGAAUCCUCUAUCUGCACCGAGACUCGAGGUUUCGAAUAAUCCACAGGGAUUUGAAAGCAAGCAACAUUCUUUUGGAUGAACAGAUGAAUCCAAAAAUUUCAGAUUUCGGACUAGCCAAAAUGUACAAAGGCGAAGACAUUCCAGAGAAAACAGCUAGAGUUGUUGGUACAUACGGCUAUAUGUCACCAGAAUAUGCAGUCUUUGGAAAAUUCUCCACUAAGUCUGAUGUCUUUAGCUUCGGGGUAAUUUUUUUGGAGACUAUUAGUGGGAGGAAGAUUAGUGCCUUCUGCAGGGAGGAUCCAUCCCUGAACUUGAUAGGACAUGUAUGGGAGUUAUGGAGAGAAAACAGAGCAUUAGAGAUAAUUGAUUCGUCAAUUAUGGAGUCAUGUGUUCCAAGUGAAGCCUUGAGGUGCAUUCAGAUAGCACUGUUGUGUGUGCAAGAAGAUCCAAAGGACCGGCCAGAUAUGUUAGCAGUUAUUCGGUGGUUGAACGGUGAAGCUUCUCUUCCUUCCCCUGACCAGCCCGCCUUUGUUCUGAGAAAAUAUUGCAAGGAUCAACAGUUUUCACUGAAGGGAGAAAUCAUCCCCGAGGAUACCUUUUCUCUCCCUUUUGUAACCUGUUGAUUUGCAGAAUCCAUGCUCACCAGCCUCGAAGUUUUUCCUCAAAGAGAAGAGGAUAUGUCAUCGUCGACUUCCCGACUCUUCCCAGCAAAGGGGACAUGACAAAAUGAUGCCAUCCAUCCUUGACUGAGGACCCCCCAUUACUGUCUGCCGGAAAAAGUUGAAAUCAACUAAUGAGAUAUGUGUGGUUCCGUGCCUCUGGGCUCUGAGCAUAUCCCAUCUCUCAAAUAACUACAGGAAUUGACGGCUAACGGAGACAGCAAAACACCACUCCUCUACAAAAUUUAAAGACCGUCACUGUUAGUUGUCACUUGUAAGUGCUGAAGGCUGGUGCCCAAUUUUGGAUAUGAACUCAAUAAAUUGUUCAACUGAAUCUGUUAUGAGGUGAAUGCAUGGCGGCCAUUAAAUGAGAGAGUUUCGAGUAUCCUGCAAAAUCAUGACGGGGUUCACGGUGAUCCAUAGAUGCGUUCUGCUUUCCACGUUUCUAACCUUACAAUUACUUCUUUGUAUCACUGCUACAGACACUCUGGAAGCUAACCAAAUAAUCGAAGAUGGUAGCCUUCUCAUCUCCAAAGGUGGUAAAUUUGCCUUGGGAUUUUUCCAUCCAGGUCAUUCUAGCAGCAGCAACAGAUCAUAUCUUGGAAUCUGGUACCAUAAAGUAACACCACAAACCGUGGUGUGGGUAGCAAACAGGAACAGUCCCGUCAACAGAACUUCUGGAGUUCUCGCUCUUGAUGGCCAUGGCUGCCUUGUUCUCUACAGUAGCCAUGACCAAAGAAGGGUCCCCUUGUGGUCUGCUAAUGCAACCUCUUCUGUGGAUACCUAUGUGGCUCAGCUGUUGGAUUCAGGGAAUCUGGUCUUGCUCCAAGGUUUGCCAGAACAACGCAGAAUGGUGUGGCAAAGCUUUGAUUAUCCCACAGAUACCGCACUCCCGGGAAUGAGAAUUGGUUUGAAUCUGAGAACCGGUUUUGAUCGGAACUUGACAUCAUGGAGAUCACCCGAUGACCCGGGAAUUGGCAACUACUCUUUCCAGGUCCACCCAAACGGCUCCCCACAGUUCUUCCUUUACCAGAAGCCAAAUGGGAACCACUAUUGGCGCAGCGGGUCAUGGCCGUGGGCGCACUUCCCUGAUCUAUACAACUACACUUUUGUCAACGGAGAAGAUGAAGUUUACUUCUCUUUCACGGUUGGCGAUGAAAAUCUUCUGUUAAGAAUAGUGGUUGAUGAUACAGGAACCAUGAAGCGAUUGAGGUGGCAUGAGAAUGACGAGAGAUGGAAGGAGUACUGGUCGGCGCCCAAGUCCAGAUGUGAUUACUAUGGACAGUGUGGUGUUAACAGCUUAUGUGAUCCGAAUAAUGUCAAUAGCUUUGAGUGCACUUGUUUACCUGGUUAUGAACCGAGGUCGCCAGGUAGCUGGCGCCUUAGGGAUGGAUCAGCAGGAUGUGUCAGGAAGCGGUUAAAACCUUCCUCAUUCUGUGAACGUGGAGAAGGGUUCUUGAGAUUGGAUAAUAUAAAGGUUCCCGACACUUCAGCUGCUGUUUGGGUUAGCAGGAGCAUGACUCAAGCUGCCUGUGAAGAGGCCUGCAGAAGUAAUUGUUCAUGUUCUGCUUAUUCAAGGAGGUAUCUUGAAGGGAAGGAAAAGGGAUGCUUGGCAUGGUAUGGGGAACUAAAUGACACUGUUAUAUUUCUUGACAGUGGUGAUGAUCUAUUCGUGAGAGUUGAUUCACAUGAAUUGGCUGAGAAUCUGAGGAAAUUAUCUGGUGAUGAUGCUGUGGUGAAGGUUAAGCUGGCAAUUGUUGUGCCAUCUGUUGCUUCAGUUUUGUUUGCCAUGUCGAUAUUUGUCUAUUUCAGGCUUCGGAGCUGGAAACGGGAGAGAGGUAAGAAUCAGAAGAGCAGAUGGAUCAAAAGAGUAUUUGAUUCUGCUGGCGGUUCGAAUUCCUCUACGGGCAGUUUGGCUGCAACGGUACUUGGAGCAAACACCAUUUAUCCGGAGCUACCAUUUUUUGAUUUGCGUGAAAUUAUGACAGCCACUCAGAAUUUCUCUCCGGCUAACAAAGUUGGUCAAGGUGGUUUUGGGGAAGUUUACAAGGGUCAGCUAACAAAUGGGGAAGAGGUGGCAGUAAAAAGACUAUCUAGAAGUUCAGGUCAAGGAAUUGAAGAGCUGAAGAACGAAGUGGUGUUGAUUGCCAGGCUGCAACACAGGAAUCUUGUGAAGCUUCUUGGGUGCUGCAUUGAGGAUGAAGAACAGUUGCUUGUUUAUGAGUACUUGCCAAACAAAAGCUUGGACUCGUUCCUCUUUGUUUUGGCAGAUGAGAGGAGGAGCCCUUUACUAGAGUGGAGGAUCAGAUUCAACAUCCUCGUGGGGAUUGCUCGUGGGAUAUUGUACCUUCACCAGGACUCGAGGUUCAGAAUAAUACACCGGGAUCUGAAAAGCAGCAAUGUUCUCUUGGAUGCAGAGAUGAAUCCAAAAAUUUCAGACUUCGGCUUGGCUAAGAUAUUUGACAGCGAUCACACCCAAAACAAGACAAGCAGAGUUGUUGGAACAUAUGGCUACAUGUCUCCAGAAUACGCAGUGUUCGGGAAGUUUUCAGUGAAAUCCGAUGUGUUCAGCUUCGGUGCCAUACUACUGGAGGUGGUAAGCGGCAAGAGGAUCAAUUGCUUUCUCCACGAGGCAGCUCCACGGACAUGGAUCGGACAUGUAUGGAACUUAUGGAGUGAGAAGAGGGUGUUGGAGAUCAUGGAUCCUUCAUUGAAGGAAUGCUAUGUUGCCGAGGAAGCUCUGCGGUGCAUCCAGUUGGGGCUGUUGUGCGUUCAGGAAGAUGCAAUGGACAGACCAAACAUGUCAGCAGUUGUUCUGAUGCUGAACAGCGAGACACCGAUUCCAUCUCCGAAACAACCGGCUUUCGUUUUCAGGCGACCUGGGGCGGAUGCCAAUUCGGUGAUGGCCGGUGGUGGUGAUCCUUGUUCCAUCAACGAUCUGACUCUAACAGGGGUGGUGUCGCGGUAGAGAGAACUACAAGUCACUUGCAGUUGUGGGGAGACAUAGAAGUAGAGUGUACAUUGCUUCUGUUCUGUCUCAUAUUUCGUAGGAGAAAGAGAGUUGAGGCAAUAGUUUCAUACCAUAAAAAUGCGCAAAUGCAUAAUUAAUGCUUGUGCCCCGUAACCUGGGGUGGGCAUUGGGUGAGUCGGGUGGAUUUUGACCAUAAAAUACAUCCAUCCGCGCUUAAACGGAUUGAUAAUUUUUAACCCACUACCCACCCACAUAUAGUCUCGGGUUGGGUCGGGCGGAUGGUGGAUGAUUUGGGUGGGUUUGUGGGUUCACCCACAUCACAAUGUAUAUAAUAUAAAGAAGUCAACUUGACAUGAUAAUAGGCGAAUAGAGUUAUUUGGGGAAACAAGAAGAUGAAAUAGAGUGAAAAAUGUUGAAUUAGUUCUUAAAAUGGAUAGAAAGUCCAUUAUGAAAGAGUUUUCUACAGAUUGAGAUGAUUAUCAGGUGCAAGGAACUAAGAAAAAUAA